AUGAAAGCAUGCAUAGUAUUCAUUGCUAUUCUCUGUUUGGCGCUGCUACUGAUCAACCAAACAAUCGCAGAAGCUGAAUACCUGCAGAAUGCGGAAGAAGGAAUCGUAGCUGAAGAAAAGAGAACCAGAAGCGGUAGAAGUAGCAGAAGCAGAAGCAGAAGCAGAAGUAGAAGAGGAGGUAGCAGUACUGGUGGAUCAAGGUCAAGAACAAGAUCAAACUGCGAUCCAUUAUUCCAGUAUCUGUUUGGAACCUGUGGCCAAUGGCCUUUUCCUACCAAUCCUUCCCCAAACAACCCUUUUGCCCCGACGCCAAGACCCUCUCCUCGGCCGCCGCGAGUUCCACCUACUCCUUUACGCCCCUUCCCUCCCGUAAUCCCGUCUCCACCGCCACAGGUACCAUCUUCACCACCUUUACCACCCCCACCAAUUCCUUCGCCUCCUUCUGCACCGCCACCAUCAGUACCACCACCCUCCACACCUCCUCCCUCAGCACCACCUCCAUCAUCGCCACCACCUUCGCCCUCACCACCACCACCUUCUCCACCUCCACCGCCUUUGGUUCCAUCGCCACCUCCCCCGUCUCCACCACCACCAGAAUUCCUGCCCCCACCAAUACCAUUCGUCUAUCCACCACCACCAGAAUUCCUGCCCCCACCAAUACCAUUCGUCUAUCCACCACCACCAGAUGUAUACAUACAACCACCCACAACUCCAUGGCUGUCACCUCCUGACACCUUCCCCGAUACACCACCAACUUUCGUUCCAGCUCCACCGUUAGUACCAGAUAUUGGCCUUCCUCCACCUGCAUUAGACUUGCCACCAUCUGGAGAUCAGUCUAGUACUCCAACAGCACCACUGGUUCCAAUAGAUGAGCCUACUCCAAUCCUACCACCCACAUUUGCAUUACCACCACCAAUACCUAUACCUGAUGAGCCUUCUCCAAUAUCAACAUUUCCAGCACCAGUAUUUGUGGAUGAACCUUCUCCAAUAUUACUACCACCUCAGAAUCCAUUUUCGUUUAACACCCCACCUAUCUUACCAUUUCCAACUACACCAGACACCGGUAAUGGUGCUGUUGGUGGUGUAAUUGAUCAACCACCAUCUGUUGAUCCACCUCCUCAAACACCAGUAUUUCUGCCACCUCCAAUUCCUGAAAUUCCCCAGAAUCCACAGGAUUCACCAGUACUUCCGUUUGAGACUAUUCCCCCAGCACCAGAUAUACCUAUGUAG